AUGUCUGCACUUCCAGAGAUGAAUGUUCUCCGAUUUGUUCUCCGGGAAGUGAUGCUCCGUGUGUUACUUUCUGUAAUGCCAACGUCUACUGCUUUGGGGAUCAUCUCACUUGUUCAAAUGGUCGGUGCAUUAAGUAAAUGUGAUUUGUAG